AUGUCGGGAGCAGAGGAAGUUGAUUUGGAGAACAGGGAUCCCAAUGGAUUAAACGCUCAUCUUGGGACUCUCCAUUUUAACGAUGUGAUCGGAGAACCAGACGGGACCCACAGCAUAGACUGUGCCUACAAACUGUCCCACACCUGCUUCAACUUGUGGAAGGGCAUUCUCUACAAGCUGCUGACUUUCUACCUCGGGUGCUGGAUUGCCGCUGAAUGGGGAUGUGAGUUUGCCAUCAUCGCAUUCACCCACAUCUGGUUCAUCAGCCCAUGUCUGAAGAUCUGCGAGAUUAACUGCGGUCUGUGCCAGAGGAUGUUUGCCAACUGCAUGAAUUGCUGCUGUGUUCCAUACUGGGAAGCUGUCGGCAGCGUGUUCCAUCAUUUUAAGAGAACAUAG